AUGGCCAAAAAGCGGGAGAGCAGCGAAGAACGUCAGCCGCUUACUCAUGGAUCUCGGUCUGAUUCGGAGCCUGCCUCGGAGUCCGGCUCGGACUCAACAGCCUGUCGCCAUCAUGUCGAGUUCCGUGGGCGGUGGAAGCCAGCCUUUGACCGACAUGUCUGGCUUAGCCUUGUCCUUGCCAUCGGUGGUUUAACUCUGUCAGCAGCAAUUUUGGUCUUUACCUUCCGUGGCCUGUCUUGUCCGCCAUGCAGGGCCACUGAUUAUUCGGGAUACCAGUGCGCUCCCAACGGCGCCUCACCCGAGGUUGCCCGCGCGAGAGGGUGUGAGUGGGACGAUCUUUCGUUCCACUGGUGGCCCAAGAAGCCACAUCUCGACAGCGACAACCAGGCUCUGCUGCAGGACUUCCGCGUCUCUGGGCCAUGGCAGAGGUUCUAUGACCAGGAGGGACAGAACGAGAUUCCCCCGACCAACGAGGUUCUCACCGCGGGCUGGGUGACGCGCAAAGAGCAUCUUUUCCACUGUGUCUUCACCUUGAGGCAGACACACCUCUGGCUCACCAAGGGAUUCGACGCUCCGUUCAACUACAGCCACACCGUCCACUGCACGCAGCAGCUGAUCGACGCGGUCGUGGAGAGUCCCCCGCCCGACUUCGAUGAUCUGACUGUCCAUGGCACGCCUUGGCCAGAACACCCCGCAAUUAUCAAACCUUUUUACCCCUGUAAGGAAGAGGGCUUGAGUUGUGAGUCAUGGUAG